CCAACACACUCAUUUCCACCACCACCCUUUUUUUUUAUUAUUGAUUUUUCAUUAUAACUUUGACUUUGUCACUUGUUUUUUGUAAAAUCAUAUUCACUUGAAAAAAAAAGAAAAAAAACUAUAUAAAAUCUAUUUUUACUUUUUAAAAAAAAAAUUGAAAAACUAUAUAAAAAUGUCUUCUCCUAUCAUGAAUGCUGCUGAAGCUCCUGUUGUUCCUCCUCAACAACAACAACCUGAAGAAGUUACUGGUGCUGUCCCUUCCACUACUGCUUCUCUUUAUGUAGGUGAACUCGAUGUCUCUGUUACCGAAGCUAUGCUCUUUGAAAUGUUCAACAUGAUCGGUCCUGUUGCUUCUAUUCGUGUAUGUCGUGAUGCCGUUACCAGACGUAGUUUGGGUUAUGCUUAUGUUAACUUCCACAAUGUUGUUGAUGGUGAACGUGCUUUGGAAACUCUCAACUACACCUUGGUGAAGGGCAAACCUUGUCGUAUCAUGUGGUCUCAACGUGAUCCCUCUCUCCGUAAGACUGGUUCUGGUAAUGUUUUCAUCAAGAACUUGGACGUCUCUAUUGAUAACAAGGCUUUACAUGACACCUUCUCUGCCUUUGGUAACAUUUUGUCCUGUAAGAUUGCUUUGGAUGAAAGUGGAAACUCCAAGGGUUACGGUUUUGUCCAUUAUGAAACUGAAGAAGCUGCUGAAAAUGCCAUCAAACAUGUCAAUGGCAUGUUAUUGAACGACAAGAAAGUGUUCGUCGGUCACCAUGUCCCUCGUAAGGAACGUCAAGCCAAGAUCGAAGAAUUACGUGCCAAGUUCACCAAUGUGUACGUCAAGAACCUCGAUACUGAAGUCACUGAUGAUGAAUUCACUGCCAUGUUCACCAAAUUUGGUCCUGUCACCUCUGCAUUGAUUUCCAAGGAUGAAGAAGGUAACUCCAAGGGCUUUGGUUUUGUCAACUUUGAAAACUUUGAAGAUGCUCACAAGGCUGUUGACAGUCUCAAUGAAACUGAACACAAGGGUAAGACUUUGUAUGUUGGCCGUGCUCAAAAGAAAGCUGAACGUGAAGAAGAACUCCGUCGUCAAUACGAACAAGCCAAGAUGGAAAAACUUGCCAAGUACCAAGGUGUCAAUCUCUAUGUCAAGAACUUGGAUGAUGAUAUUGAUGAUGAAAAGCUUCGUCAAGAAUUCUCUGUUUAUGGUGUCAUCACUAGCGCCAAGAUCAUGCGUGAUGAAAAGGAAAACUCCAAGGGCUUUGGUUUCGUCUGUUUCUCCUCUCCUGAUGAAGCUACCAAGGCUGUCACUGAAAUGAAUGGUCGUAUGAUUGGUUCCAAGCCUAUCUAUGUUGCUUUGGCUCAACGUAAGGAAAUUCGUCGUUCUCAAUUAGAAGCUCAAAUGGCCCAACGUAACCAAAUGCGUAUGCAACAAGCUGUUCCUAUGCCCGGUGCUCCUGGUUACAUGCCUGGUGCUCCCAUGUUUUAUGGUCCUCCUGGUGGUUUCAUGGGUCAAGGUCAACGUCCUGUGUUCCCUCCUAAUGGUAUGAUGCCUCGUCCUCGUUGGGCUCCUCAACCUCAACAAGGUCAACCCAUGGGUUACCCUCAAGGUUUCAAUCCUAACAUGCAAGGUCGUCCUCCUCGUGGUCCUCGUCCUGCUCGUGGUGCUGCUCAUGCUCAAGGUAACCGUCAAGCUGCUGGUCAACGUAAGCAACAACAAGGCCGUACUGCCACCAAUGGUCAAGAACAACAACAAGAUAAUGGUGCUUUGACUGCUGCUGCUUUGGCCUCUGCUCCUCCUGAAAUGCAAAAGCAAAUGCUUGGUGAACGUUUAUAUCCUUUGAUCCAUGCUCAACAACCCGAGUACUCUGGCAAGAUCACUGGUAUGCUUUUGGAAAUGGACAACAGUGAAUUAUUGAAUUUGUUGGAAGAACAAGCUGCUUUGGAUAGCAAGAUUGCUGAAGCCAUGGAUGUGUUGAAGGCCCAUAUCUCUUCCUCCGAAGCUCCUGCUGCCGAUGCUUCUGCUGAAGAAACCAAGGCUUAGAUUAGACAUCAAAAAGGAAACGACGAAAAAAAAAAAGAAAAAAGGAUCUAGUGGAAUGGACAUGAAAUGAUGAUUACAUAUAGUGGUGUAUGUAUUGUCAUGUGUGUUAACUCUUUUUUUUUUUUUUUUAAUCAUCAUUUUAUAUUAAAUAAAAAGAUUGUCUCAAAAGACUUUUUUU